AAGAUCUGGGAUAGUGUGUAUAAAUUGGUUUGUGUUCUGUAAACUAUAAGUGAGCUGUUGAAAAAGCCCGUUUCAGGAAUCAUGGAUGCUAUGUUUUUUGGAGUGGUCAUACUGCAAUUUUUGGCAUCAGUUCUGUCCUAUCCAAACGGGGCCCCAGAGUCAACUUGUGUGGAUAUGAUGCCCAGGCAUAAAGGGAUAGAGCCCAAACCGAACCCUGGUCCAUACACCAUCCAGCCGAGCAGCACAACGUUUCAGACUGACAAACCUGUCACAGUUGUAAUCAAAGGUCCAGAUUAUAGUGGCGUUCUCCUUGAGGCUCGUUCAGGAUCCGACUCAAAAGCAAUAGGAACCUGGCAGACGCCUCCACCUAACACAAAGUUCUUAGUGUGUUCAGGAAACAAGCAAGGUGCAGUGACCCAUGCCAACCCCAACAUGAAAAACAACUCCACCGUCUUUACCUGGAUUCCACCAGCUACAGCCAAAAAUGUCUUCUUCAAGGCCACUGUAGCCCAGCAGAGCACUGUGUUCUGGGUAGACGUGAUGUCUUCAACUCUGACUUCCAGUGAAGGAGGAACAUCACUUGACGUACACAGUAGUGCUGAAAGGAUUGUGACACCAACGCUCUCACUUCUUCUUCUUGUCCUGCGGGCAACUGUUCAAUACCUUGCUUAAGAGUGAUCCAGACUGAUUAAAGUAUACCAGCUCAUUUACUCCUUGUAACAUAUUUAACCAGCAUUAAAAAUGUAUACACACGUUUUUAUUUACUUGCCUAAAAAUAAAUAAUGUAUUGCACCAA